GUUAACAAUAGAAUUGGAAAAAAAACAUUACUAUUUUCUAUUGUAAUUGGCAAGGUUCGGGUCAGCAUGGAGGGGACGAGGGUCAGUUUAAAACGGUUGUGGUGCUAGAUUAUAGAGCUUUGUAAAGGUCUUUAGGACGUGUUGUGUAUCGGACACCUUUAGUAAAGUGCAAUGGAUGACGAAGGUGCAGAUUGGCUUUCCGAGGCGGUAAGCGAGGAUGUCCCAGAGCCAGCACCAGCAGCUGCUGCUGCACCAGCACCAACUGAAGCGGCAGCUGGCAAAGCUGCCGACGAUACUCCGGAAGUCGCAGAGGAAUUACCACCAGAAGCGGAAGGUGAAUAUUUGGACCCAGAUAAGCUUCUCCUUUUUAAACAUUGGAUAAGGCCCAAAUUUCUUCAGUACAACUACUUGUACAACUACAGGCGCAAUUACUACGACGAUGUCAUCGACUACCUGGAUAAAAGGCAAAGAGGGUUGAGUAGAGACGUGCCAAGAGCUCAAACAUGGGCGGAACGAGCUUUACGUACGUACACCGACAAACACAACCGCGAGGACUAUUACAAGAGGUCUGCAUCUGACAUCAAACUCGUUACCAACUCCAAACUAAGUGGAACCUUUCAUCGCUAUCACUCCAAGCAAUACGUUUAUCGACGAUAUUUUUCAAUUUUAGUGUAAAAUACUCCCCAAAAUAUCACUAGCAUUAUUUAACCCAUUUAGUCAAUAAACAUCCUACUUCUUUGUGUAA